AACACAUAGGAACGUGUGUCUGUGGGCUUCUGUUGGGUUUUAACAUAAAUAAAAUUGUUUAAGUAGAAAAAUGCCACCUAAGAAGGCGCCAGGACCGAGUAAGAAAACCGAACAAAAGAAAAAGGAGAAGAUUAUUGAGGACAAGACCUUCGGUCUGAAGAACAAGAAGGGCAACAAACAGCAAAAGUUCAUACAGCAAGUACAGAAGCAGGUGCAAGCCGGUGGCCAUCAUCCGCGUCCAGAUGCCGACAAGCGCAAAGAUGAGAAGGAGAAAAAGUUGGCCGAACAGCGUGAAAUGGCCUUGAUUUUCAAGCCAGUGCAAACGCAAAAGGUCGAGAAGGGCACUGAUCCGAAAUCUGUUGUGUGUGCGUUCUUCAAGCAGGGUACCUGUACGAAGGGGGACAAGUGUAAGUUUUCGCACGAUCUUUCGCUAGAAAAUAAGGUGGAGAAAAGAUCGAUGUACGUGGAUAUGCGGGACUCUGAAGAUGAUCCAAUGACCAACUGGGACGAUGCCAAGCUAAAGGAGGUGGUCGACAAAAAGCACUCUGGUGAAAAGCGGCGGCCCACAACGGACAUUAUUUGCAAAUAUUUCCUUGAAGCGGUAGAAAAAUCAAAAUACGGUUGGUUCUGGGAGUGCCCCAAUGGCGAGAAAUGCAUCUAUCGUCAUGCUUUGCCACAAGGCUAUGUGCUGAAAAAAGACAAAAAGAAGGAGGACAAACCUACAGAAAUUUCGCUGGUCGAUUUAAUUGAGAAGGAGAGAGCCGCGCUGGGUCCCCAUCAGACGCGAGUGACGCUGGAAACAUUUUUAGCCUGGAAGAAACGGAAGUUACAAGAGAAGAAGGACAAAUUGGCAGCUGAGGAGGAACGCAAAAAGAGCGAUUAUGGAAAGGGCAAACAAUUUGGCAUCUCUGGUCGUGAAAUGUUUAGCUUCAAUCCCGAUCUUGUUGAUGAUGGGCCCAUGGAGGAAGGCGAUGCGGCAUUUGAUGUCUAUAAACGCGACGACGAUGAUGAGAAUGCCGUUGAAUUCAAGGAAAUCGACUUGGCAGCUCUCUCAUUGGCUGCCAAGGAAGUCGAUGGUUCGGGAACAAUUGCAUCAAGCACGAGGUUAAUGGAUCAGGCAGCAGAAGCAGCCAAAACUGCAGCAGCUGAGGAUGCAGCGGCUGACACAGGCGAUGAAAACCCCACCUCGUCCAGCGUUGCUGGUGCGCCAGCAAAUGAUGCUGCGCCCAUCAACAAAGAUCUCUUCGUCGAUUUAGCCGGCGAAUUGGAUGAUUUAGAUAUCGACGACGAUGAUGAUGAUGAUUAAUCCGCAAUAACUAGCUGCCUAGUCUCAAAGAUAUUAUAAUUGGCAUUAAUGUAAUCAUGCGUGAGGACGCCCAUAAUUAUUUAUGGCUUUUGCUAUUUUUUCGAUUAAUAAAUUUGUCGUUUUUUAACGUUGAUUUUGCGAA